AACGCUUCAUCGCGACAUGUUCCUCAAGCGCAAACGAUCAGAGUCUGAGCUCUCCUUCAGCUCAUCUUUGCCGUCUCCAUCAGCUGGAACGUCCAACGAACAUGGCUUCGACCUGAGCGCAAUCGCUUCUGUCAUUAAUAGCCAGAAGUCUUUCCCCACCAUCCUCUCACCCACGACAUCCCAUCUCCACAGCCGCACCAUGAAACGGUACCGCAACAACCGGCCUUCUGAGGCAGAAGUCCAUCAACGGACCCUCAGCUUACUGUAUGCCGCCCAACAGCAACAGCAACAACACCAUGCCGCAAGCCCAGUCUUGAACCCCCACCAUCAGCAGCAACCAAGCACUGUCAACGACGUAGGACCGUCUGUUACCCUCCAAAAGCAACCACAAGCCAACCGCGGUCAACAACGCUCGCUUCACAGCUUCUGGAACCUUCCUGCUGCCCCAGUCCCGACAUGUUCCUCUCACACCUUUCCUGCAAUGUUCUCGGACCCCUCCGGCAACAGUCUCCUGGAUACUCCUACGAGCUGUGAGGAUUGUGGGGCAGGCCCGAGUGAUAACAAUGGCAAUAGAUAUGCCAAGACAGGAGGAGAAGGGGGAAAACACGACGUUGACAUGCUGGAUGUUUGUACCCAGCUGUUCGAUCAGUAAUUUGGGAGAACACAGGAGAUGUUUGGCUUGUGCCGAGAGAAGGAUCUGGGUUGGCUAAAGUGCUAUCAGGGUUCCAUGAGGCCAUCAGCUCAGGAAGGGAUGCAAAGAUACCACUGUUCUGGAACUAAGUUUGGGUAAGGCGUUUUCAGGAGUCUGGAUUCUAGCUGUCCAUAGGCACAUUAGGCGUUACUCAUCUAUUUAUGUAUUUUCUUUUUGUUUAUCUACAACACACACACACACACACACACACACACACACACACACACACACACACAC